AUGAAGCUCCUUUCACUCUCUACCGUCGGGCUUUUGGCCUUGACUGGGUUCUCAAUUGCACAAAAGAACGCUGACGUUCCGAUUCAGGACAAUGGACUGACCAACAUUGUUCAAUGGGACGACCACAGCUAUCUCAUCAACGGCGAGCGAAUCUUUCUCUUUUCCGGAGAAUUUCACUACUGGCGUCUGCCUGUACCCGAGCUCUGGCGAGACUUGCUAGAAAAGAUCAAAGCUGCCGGCUUCACUGCCUUCAGCAUCUACAACAGCUGGGGCUACCACGAAGCCUCCCCGGGCGUCAUCGACUUUGAGAAUGGCGCCCACGAUUUCGUCUCCAUCAUGACCCUGGCCAAGGAGCUCGGCCUUUACCUCCUCAUCCGUCCUGGUCCCUACGUCAAUGCCGAGGCUAACGCCGGAGGAUUCCCUCUUUGGGUCACGACUGGAGAGUACGGCAAGCUUCGCAAUGAUGACCCCAGAUUUACAAAGGCUUGGUCCAAGUACUGGACUGAGAUCUCCAAGAUCAUCGAGCCGCACCUCAUUACCAACGGUGGCAAUGUUGCUAUGUUCCAGAUUGAAAACGAGUUGGGUGGUCAGUGGAAGAACGACGACAAGAGAAUUCUCAACGAGCCUACUGCAAACUACAUGCAGCUUCUCAAAGAAUCCGCCAGGGAUGCUGGUAUUGACGUUCCUGUUUUCCACAACGCCCCAAACACUCGAACAUUCUCUUGGUCCAACGACUUCGAAGCUAAUGCAACUGGCAACGUCGACGUCACCGGUGUCGACAGCUAUCCUUCCUGCUGGAGCUGCAACCUCGAUGAGUGCACCGGCACCAACGGCGAAUACGUGCCCUACAACAUCCAGGACUAUGUCAGCUACUUUGCCAAGCAGUCUCCUGCCCAGCCUCACUUUCUGCCUGAGUUCCAGGGUGGAUCUUACAACCCUUGGGGCGGUCCUGAGGGUGGCUGCCCUACUGAUAUUGGCCCUGAUUUUGCCAACAUCUUCUACCGCGACUUGAUCGCUCAGCAGGCCACGGCUAUAUCCCUCUACAUGAUGUACGGUGGUACUAACUGGGGCUGGUUCGCUUGCCCUGUUGUUGCUACUAGUUACGAUUACUCUUCUCCCAUCUCGGAGAACCGUGCUAUUUGGGAUAAGUACUACGAGACAAAGUCUUUGACUUUGUUCACGCGAGUUGCGCACGAUCUCACCAAGACCAACCGCGUAACUAACACCACGUCUCUUUCCACCAACGAUGAGAUUUUGAUCACUGAGCUCCGACACGAGGAUAACGAUGCCGCUUUUUACGUCGCUAGACAUGACCACUCCCCAUCUGGUACUAAGGAGACUUUCAAGCUCAAUGUCAAGACUUCAGAGGGCAAACUUACCAUCCCCCAGAACGGUGGCGAUAUCACCAUCAACGGCCAUCAGUCCAAGGUCAUCCCAACAGACUUCCACUUUGGGAAGAAGACACUCCUCUACUCCACUGCCGAGGUUCUCACCUACUCUGUCAUUGAUAACAAAGAGGUCAUUGUUCUCUGGCUGCCAGAGGGCGAGUUUGGAGAAUUUACCCUCAAGGGACACACUGAGCUCAAGCACGACAAAUCCCUUGAGGGCAUCAAGAUCAAAGCAGGCAAGAAGAGUGUCACUGUCAACUACACCCAACAGAAGGGUCUUUACACUCUCAAACUCAAGGACGGUUCUACCAUCAUCCUCGCUGAUCGCAAGACUGCUUACAAAUUCUGGGCUCCCACUCUGAACAACGAUCCUUUUGCACCUGUGAACAAGACUGUUUUGGUUCAUGGACCUUAUCUCGUCCGCCACGCCACCGUCAAGGACGGUCAGCUCAACCUCGAGGGAGAUCUCGACGCGUCCACGGAGAUCACAGUCUUUGCUUCUGAGUCUCUCAAGUCCAUCUCCUGGAACGGCGAGAAGGUUAAGGUUUCAUCGAAGGAGGGCCACAAGUACACCAUCAAGGGCAAGGGUCCCUCCAAGGUCAAACUUCCUAACCUUGAGUCUUGGAAGUACGCCGAUAGUCUGCCAGAAAUCAAGUCCGACUACAAGACUUCGUCUUCAGUUUGGGUUGUCGCCGACAAGAAGAACACCACUAACCAGGUCCUCGUUCCUGAUCUGAAGAACCCUGUUCUCUAUGUCGACGAGUACAAGAUCCAUUACGGAAACCACAUCUACAGGGCUACUUUCCCGACCACCAGCUCUGCCCCUACUGGUGUUCACCUUGAUCUCACAGGCGGUCUGGCCUUUGGUUACUCUGUCUGGCUCAACUCGGACUACAUCGGCUCGUACCUCGGAAACGCAACCCUUGGCAAAUCAGGACAGGAAUUCUCUUUCAAGAACGCCACUCUUUCCAAGAAGGAGAACGUCCUUGUUGUUCUGAUGGAUAAUUCUGGCCACGACCUUCGCGACGGUGCCCUUGACCCUCGAGGCAUCACCAACGCAACUCUCAUCGGCUCUGCUAAGGGAGGCUACAAGUUCUCUGAGUGGAAGAUUGCUGGACAUGCUGGAAGUGUUAAGGGUGAGGUUAUCGACCCCAUUCGCGGUCCUCUCAAUGAAGGUGGUCUCUAUGCUGAGCGUGUCGGUGCUCACUUGCCGGGCUUCUCUGACAAGAAGUGGAAGUCGUACUCUUCUAAGCAGGAUACUCUCGCCAACCCUUCAGCUGGAGUACGCGCCUACCGAACUACCGUCGAUCUCGAUAUCCCUGACGGCUUGGACGUCGGAAUUUCAUUCAAGCUUACAGCCCCAUCCAGCACGACCUUCUCCUCCACCAAGAAGGGCUUCAGCAACCGCGUCAGAGUGCUUCUGUUUGUCAACGGCUACCAGAUGGGUCGGUUCAACCCCUACAUCGGCAACCAGAUUUCCUUCCCUGUGCCCCCCGGUAUUCUCAACUACAGCGGAGAGAACACCGUUGCUGUCACGGUUUGGAGUCAGAGUGCUGAGGGAGGCGAGGUCAAGGUUGAGUGGGAGGUUGAUUACGCUCAUACCUCGAGCUUCGAUGUUAAGUUCGAUGGUGACUACCUCCGUCCUGAGUGGAAGAAGGAUAGACUACAAUACGCAUAA